CGUAAACCGCAUCCCUUCAUUCAUUGUCAGCUUCCUGGAGCCAUUUUUCAGCCGCGGCAGUGGCGGGGCGGUCGAGCCGGGGCCCUAUCACUCUCAGCCGCACAAUCCAUCUCCAUCUGCCUCCCCCGGUGCUUGAUACCCCUUCAGUGAGCCUUUCCUAUGCAUCCUGGGCUUCUCCUCUAACCGCAUCCCCGGCUAUUUCCAGCGCUAAGGCCCAGACCCGGACGAAUUAAGGGGAUCGGAAGGAGGGAGAGCGAUUCCGGCCCGGGGACAGGAGCAGCGCUGGAGGACAGCGGGGGACACUAGUCGGAAAGAUGAGAAAAGGAUUCCAGGGUGGCCACGAGAAGCUGCUUCUUCCAGGGCUGCAGGGCACGGACAAGGGUUCCGGUCUGGCGGGGGGGUUCAUCGCCGGGGGAGGCGGUGCGAGUGUCGUUGGCGCAGGGGGCGGCGGAUACGUUCAGAUUAUCUCUUCCCCCGGUCCCCCGCUGCAUCACCACGGACUGUGUAUCACAGAACAAGCGGCCAGUUUCAUCUAUUCCACCCCUCACGGACCCGCUGCCAGAGCCGGCCAACUGCAGCCAGUUCUGGGGCGCCCACCGGCAAAGAGACGACUGGAACUUGGUGAUGGAAGCCAUCAGUAUCUCUCCGAUGUGCUAAAGACACCCAAAGGCAAAGGAAGAGCAGCCACACACUGUCCCGAUAGCCCCAAAACUCCAAAGUCUCCCUUGGAAAAAACCCGGUAUGACACCUCCCUUGGACUCCUGACAAAAAAGUUUAUUCAGCUGCUCAGCCAAUCUUCUGAUGGUGUUGUGGAUUUAAAUAAAGCUGCUGAAGUCCUGAAGGUUCAGAAGAGAAGAAUUUAUGAUAUUACAAAUGUACUAGAAGGCAUUCACCUCAUUAAAAAGAAAUCGAAGAAUAACAUACAGUGGAUGGGCUGCAGUUUGCCUGAUGAUGGAGGCAACUUGGCAAAAUCUCAGGAACUUUCUAAGGAACUCUCGGAACUUGCUCAAGAGGAGAAUAAACUGGAUGAGUUGAUAAAAAACUGUACUCUAGAUCUAAAACACUUAACGGAAAAUGCAGAGAAUCAGAGAUUAGCUUAUGUAACAUAUCAAGAUAUACGCAAAAUCAGCGGCCUUAAGGAACAAACUGUCAUUGUGAUAAGAGCCCCUCCAGAAACGAGACUUGAGGUGCCUGAUCCAGUUGAGAGUUUGCAGAUACAUUUGUCCAGCAGCCAAGGAGCAAUUGAGGUGUAUCUGUGUCCUGAAGAGAAUGAAUCCAGCAGCCCAGUAAAGCAAUGUAAUCAAGAUCACAAUGGAAAUGUAUCCAAACCUAAACCACACACCAAAGAUUCUCUGUCACCUAACAUGGAAAAUGUGAAUGGCUCCGUGGAAGGGAUAUCCCCUUUAACCUCUCCAACCAACCUCCUUCAGCAAACAGAAGAUCAAAUAUCUUUAAAUUUGGAUGCCCCUUUUGUAAACUUGCUUCCUCCAUCAAUGCAGGAAGAUUACCUAUUAAGUCUUGGUGACGAGGAGGGCAUAAGUGAUCUAUUUGAUGCUUAUGAGCUAGAAAAGCUGCCAUCUUUGGAUGACUUUAUGUGCAGUUGAUUGUCACACUAAUUAAUCCAUUUUACUUGAACACCGUAUGAUGAACUAGUCUGCUUUUUUCCCUCCCAUUCUCUGUUUGCAAAUGAUCCGGAAUGUCUUGCUAAUAACCACACCACCACCUCUCCUGAGCCAUCCCAAUGAGCCAUCUAGAAGAAUUGAGUAUUUGCUGCUUCAUCAAGGCUAUGCAAGAUUUAGGGGGUGACUCUUUAGGGUCUACCAAGGCCUUAACAUUCAACAGCUCUUGCUGAAUUUUCAGGUCUCCCAGUGAAUCUUAAUGACAUUGCACUCAGCCUGUGCCUUGGUACCUUAUGGCUUUGCCCCUCCCCAAUAAAUGCCAGUCGUUUGGGAGAGUUGUGGGUUUUUGUUUUUUAAUAUUGCCUACUGCAUUAUUUAUCAAAUGUUUUCAGCUGUUUUACAAAAUGAAUUUUAUUGAAAGACGGAUGCAAAUAAGGUUCCAGUUCCUUCAUGAAUUGUGCUUAGCUGUACUAAAGUGCCUGCCAGUUGUUUUUUGUAACUAGAAUUAAAUUUGAUGUACUCC